CGGGCGGAGUUUUAAUUUACCAAUUAAGUUAGUAGGAAGAGGCAGGAGGAUUGGACGAGCCGGGUAACGUGCCCGAGGUGGCCCGGCUGAAUCUUGCCCUCCUAGCCUUGGCCAAAGGCGCCGCUCUGACGGCCGGCAGAUGACCGCCCAGGUUACAGUGCUGUAUUUUGCCAAGAGUGCUGAACUGUCGGGAAUUAAAUCUGAAGUGCUCUCUGUACCACAGCAACUCACUUCUUUGCAACUAUGGCAGGAAAUUGUUAAUGAGCAUCCAAGGUAUACAUCGUCCUGGGAGAUCAGCUUCUGUUCCUCGAGCCAGGCGACGAGAUUGCUGUCAUCCCCCCCAUCAGCGGGGGCUAGUUCCUGGCUCACAUACGCAGUUACCAUGUGCGAACUGGAAGACCAACCAAAGGAUUUGAUAAAAGUGACUUAUGAGAAGCUUUCCACAGAUGAAGUAGCAGAAUCAGUAAAAUCUCCAUCUUGUGGAGCUGUGUCUAUGUUUAUCGGUACAACCAGAAAUCAUUUUGAAGGAAAGAAAGUAGUCCGACUUGAAUAUGAAGCUUAUAUUCCGAUGGCUGAAGCUGAAAUAAAGAAGAUCUGCAGAGGUAUUAGAAAUCGUUGGCCAGCGAUUCAUCACAUCAACAUCCAUCACAGACUUGGAUUAGUUAAUGUGACUGAAGCAAGUGUGAUCAUUGCCAUCUCUGGUCCGCAUAGAAAUGAAUCCCUUGAAGCAGUGAAAUAUUGCAUUGACACUUUGAAAGCCACCGUGCCUAUAUGGAAGAAGGAGAUCUAUGAUAAUGAAGAAUAUAUCUGGAAAGAAAAUAAGGAGUGUCAAUGGGCAAAAAAUAACUAGAACUAACUGUAUCUCACUGUAUUCUUGAAAUAAAUAUAAUGCUGUGUGUUUGUCAAAGCAUUUAAUAUCAUGAAUUGAAAUAGCAUUGUUAUGCAUUAAUUGAAACUGAUAAUGUGCUUUUUGCACAAUACUGAUAAGUGCAACUAAGGACAAUGAUGGGUGUACAUUUUGGAAUAGAAUGAAGUAAAUUGUACCUUGCAUUUUCAUGAUGGAAAUUUUCUUGAUGAAACUAGUUGAUGCCAAUAAAUUUGUACUGAUUUCCAGCAUUUCUGGAAUUUUAAUUUAUAUCUAUGAAUGGACAUGUGCAGCAAUAUUCUUCAUUUUAAUUCUGACCAUAUUAAAUUGAAGAGAAGACUAUGCCAA